GCGCAGCCGAACUGGAAGGCAGCGGACCAAUGGGCGCGCCGCAUGGCCACCGAGCAACCCUCGUGCGAUUCGACCGCUUCCAACUUAACUGGGCUGCGCAGAGCGGGCCCAGUUAGUCAGCCUUGCGCAGUCGAUGCGAACGGACGCGUCGCUCCAGAGAAAAGUCGAUAUAGUAGUGGCCUAUUGGAGAGAAGAAACCAUCGUGACCGCGUGUGAGCUCGAUACCAACCAUUAAACAGACAUAUCAUAGAAUGGUCUUGAACGGCAUGCCCAUGACAAUGCCAGUGCCCAUGCCAGUGCCCAUGCCCGUGCCCAGUCCGCCGGCCACCAAGUCCCGCGUGGCUGUCGACUGGGACAUCAACGACUCCAAGAUGCCGUCGGUGGCGGAGUUCGACGACUUCAACGACUGGUCCAACGGACACUGCCGGCUCAUCUACUCCGUGCAGAGCGACGAGGCCAGGAAACAUGCCAGCGGCUGGGCCAUGCGCAACACGAACAACCACAACGUGAACAUCCUGAAGAAGAGCUGUCUGGGAGUGCUGCUCUGCAGCGCCAAGUGCAAGCUGCCCAAUGGAGCCAGUGUGCAUCUGAGACCCGCCAUUUGCGACAAGGCCAGGCGGAAGCAGCAGGGCAAACAGUGUCCCAAUAGAAAUUGCAAUGGUCGCCUGGAGAUCCAGGCCUGCCGCGGCCACUGCGGCUACCCGGUGACCCACUUCUGGCGCAGGGACGGCAGCGGCAUCUACUUCCAGGCCAAGGGCACCCACGACCACCCCAGACCCGAGGCCAAGGGCUCCACGGAGGCCAGGCGGCUCUUGGCCGGCGGAAGACGUGUGCGCAGCUUGGCCGUGAUGUUGGCCAGGGAAUCAGCGCUGAGCGACAAGCUGAGCAGCCUGAGACCCACAAAGCGACAGGCCAAGACGCAGGCCAUCCAGGAGAGCAAGCGCAGGAGGAUGGGUGCCGCCGAUGUGAUCCAAGCCAAGCAGGAGUCAGUGGAAGCGCCCAGCUAUCUGCCCACAUCGACGCCCACACACAGCAGCAGCUUCAAUCCAUCUCAGGGCUCAUAUGCAGCCGCAGGAUUGGGAUCAGUGAGCAGUCAGUGGCACGGAGAGAUUUACUACGACACUGAGGAAGCAGCCUAUGCCAAUGGAAUGUACUCCUACGACAUGCUCCACUCACCUCUCUCCGCGCACAGCUCCACGGGCAGCUAUUACCAGGAGAACAAGCCGCAGCACAUGCAGCACUCGCAGUACCAGCAGCAACUUGUGCCAGUCAGCUACGAGCCCAGCCAGCCCAUCUCCUCCAGCCAGCCAAUCUCCUCCAGCCUGCAGUGCGGCAUGCCGUUGUACGAGAGCUGCGACGACACGUCCAGUUUGACCAGCAGCUCGGGCUACAGCUCCGAGGACUAUGGCUACUACAAUGGAUACCUACCCAACUCGCUGGACGUGAGCAACGGUAGCCAGGGCCAGAAUCCCAGCCAGGACGGAAGUUUCUACACCACCAGCUCGGAGAUCUUCAGUGUGUUUGAGUCGACCCUAAAUGGCGGUGGGUCCGGUGGCGUGGAUCUCAUCUACGACGAAGCAACCGCCUACCAGCAACAUCAGCAACCGGGCACGUUCCUGCACCUCACCAACUACCAACAGGAGCCGCAGGAUCAGAUGCAGUCCGCCGACUACUACUACAGCAACACGGGAGUGGACAACUCGUGGAACAUCCAAAUGGACGCGACAUAUCAGCCGGUCGCCGGCACGGAUCCCAUCUACUGCUAGGGGAUCGGGUUCGGAUCUCUCAUCGCAACUACCAUUACUGAGCCACUCAAGCGUUGUUCUAGUCCCUAGUUGAUUGAUUUCCAUUCAUGUUCCCAUUGCUUGUUGGUCUUAUUAUUACAUAUGAUUACGGUAUUGAAUAUUGAACGUUUCUAGUUUGUACUUUUGUACUUGUUUCCCAGCUAUUCCAAAGUUUUAGAGCACGUAAGAUACGUAAUGAUAUCCUUAAGCACACACCGAGUUUUAAGUCACACUUCCCACC